AUGGAUUUUCGACAAUUAUCAGAAUUACAAGGACUUAAGACAAUAGUCGCAAAAGUACCGGAAAUUCGACAAUUAGGCGUGGCAGUAUUACUAUUGCUCAUGUAUUACAUUACCGCGGAAACAGAAGAAGAAAUUAAAAGGAAACUGACAUUGAAAGCAUUCGUAUUGUUAAAGAAUAAACAAGAUAAUCAUGAAAUAUGGGCUAAUGAUGCAUCGAUAGUCGAAGCCGCUGAUAGUAAAGGUGACACAAGUUUGUUCGAAGGUUGGAUUGCCCGUAAUCCUUGA